UCUCUAGUAAAAAUACAAAAAAUUAGCCGGGCGCAGUGGCAGGUGCCUGUAGUCCCAGCUACUCGGGAGGCUGAGGCUGGAGAAUGGCGUAAGCCCGGGAGGCGGAGCUUGCAGUGAGCCGAGAUCGCAGCACUGCACUCCAGCCUGGGCGGCAGAGCGAGACUCCGUCUCAAAAAAAACAAACAAACCAAAAAAGGAAAGAAAGUUUCACAUUGCUUUCACAAUACAUAAUGCGGUGUUGGAAGGCUUUUUGAUUUAAAAUCUUUUUGGAUUUAUAACAUCCUGUUAAAGUUUUAGGAGAACCCGUUUACCCAGAUCAGAUUCAAGCUUCUAAAAAUAAAUGCUUUCAGCAGCAGGAAUGGCAUUGCUUAAAAAGCUGAUGGCAGGGUAAGCGUUUGGGUGAGUGUUUUAUUAACAUAUUUGUAAGUACUUCUUCAUCGUGGAAAUGUGUCCUUGACUAAAACCAUAGGUGGCUGUGGAAACCAUGUGUGUAGUUCGGGAUACCCAGGUUUUGUGUGUAUUUACUCUAUGUAUAAAAUUAUUAUUUCCCUUAGUUUAAGUAAGGAUUACAGUUGGAUUUAAGUAGAUCACUGAAUGUUAUUGUUUAUGAAACUUAACUUUUUGUGUGCCGCUUAAUAAACAUGAUCUAUAAAUCAAAAAAAAAAAAAAAGAAAGGUUCUCAAAAUCUCACUUCAGAUCCAUAAUCAAACCACCCCAGCUGGAACUUCUGCCUCUACAGCUGCUGUCAUGGAGCAGACCUGAAUCUCACCCAUGGAGACAGGCAGGCAAACAGGUGUGUCUGCUGAGAUGUUCGCCAUGCCCCAAGGUCUGAAGGGCAGCAACAAGGAUGGGCUCCCUGAGGACCUAGAUGGGAACUUGGAAGAACCCAGGGGUCAGGAAGGUGAGCUCAGCAGUCAGGAUGUCACGGACCUCACAGAAGCUGACAAUGAAGCCUCAGCCUCAGCUCCUCCUGCAGCGAAAAGACGGAAAAGAGACACCAAAGGAAAGAAGGACAGGAAGCCCACCGUGGAUGCGGAGGAGGCUCAGAGGAUGGCAACCCUGCUGUCUGUCAUGUCUGAGGAGCAGCUUGCCCGCUCCGAAGUGUUUCGCCGCUCAGCUUUCCCAAAAGCACGCAUUGCAGGUCUGAUGCAGUCUAUCACUGGCAGAUCGGUGCCUGAGAACGUGGCCAUUGCCAUGGCUGGAAUAGCCAAGGUCUUCGUCAGAGAGGUGCUGGAAGAGGCCCUGGACGUGUGUGAGAUGUGGGGAGAAACGCCCCCAUUGCAGCCCAAGCAUUUAAGGGAGGCUAUUGGCAGGUUAGAACCCAAGGGCCUCUUCCCCAACAGCAACUACAAAAAAAAUGUUCUUUUAGGCCCAAGACCAGAGGGAAAGUUCUGUUUGUGA